ACGGUUAGCGCACUGCGCUAAAAGACAAUUUGGCUUGCCGCGAAACGAAUCUCAACAGCAAAUUGCUAAUAGAAAUCCCCUAAAAAGGUCGACCCCCUGAAGGUCAACGAAUAAUUGGGGGAUAAUUCGCACACUCUUCUCUAGCAUACACUACUCUGCUGUUUCCCUCCAGCAUAUCCCUCCAUUCUCUGCAGAAGAUGCCGUGACGGUCGCCAUGAUGAUGUCGGGUUUUGCCUGCAGCAGCAGCAGCGAGCUGUGAGAGACACACACACGGCGACCGGGAGCGGAGCCGCGGAGUCCUCCAACUGACAUGAACGAGGACGCGUAUUUCCAGCCCCUCGCCGCAAAGCUGCUCUCGACAAGUGCAUAACAGUUUAUAACAGCUCCCUCCGCCAGCGUUUCGUAUAUACGAAGAGAGGAAUUUAAUGGAAAAACAGCUUGCUAAGGCUUUCGCAGUCCUGCCAGAGGAGGGGCAUAUGGGGCUUUGUAGCAAUGCAGAUCUCGUGCUGCUGAUGCGCUUUUGUUACUGCAUAAUGGAUAACCACAGAUAUCACCAUAUCUCAGGGGAUUGCUUUAAACUUCUUUGGUGACUUGUUUUGUGAAAAGUGUCCUUCAAAGGAGAAGCUGAAAUCGGGAAUACAUAGCCUAAGCCUAGGUUAUAUGCGUCAAAUCCACCGGCAAGGGGCAGGGUCGAUGGCUGUAAGUUCUUUACAUCUAAGGACUGUGAAUUCAUGAUGUUGUGGAUUGAUAUGGACGCAUCGGUGCGAGAGGGACCAUGAUUAGGCUCGACAAUAUUUUCUGAGCCAUUAAGUUUUUCCGGAGCGUUCACGCAAGUGUGCCACUGGCCGGUCCCGUUUGCUACCGUGGGAGCAAAUACUGACCAUACUGUGAGACAUCAGCAGCAACUGAAACCAUGUCUGGAGAGGUGCGUUUGAAGAAGCUGGAGAAGCUGAUUCUAGAUGGCCCGUCUCAGUCCAUCGGCCAGUGCUUCAGCGUGGAGACCUUGUUGGAUAUUCUUGUUUGCCUGUAUGAUGAGUGCAAUAAUUCUCCCCUCAGAAGAGAGAAAAACAUCCUGGAGUUCCUAGACUGGGUCAAACCUUUCACAUCCAAGGUGAAACAGAUGCGCUUGCACAAGGAAGAUUUCGAGAUCCUGAAGGUGAAACAGAUGCGCUUGCACAAGGAAGAUUUCGAGAUCCUGAAGGUGAUUGGACGGGGAGCGUUUGGAGAGGUUGCAGUAGUAAAGGUGAAAAAUACAGACAAAGUAUUUGCCAUGAAGAUUCUCAACAAAUGGGAAAUGCUCAAAAGGGCUGAGACGGCAUGUUUUCGGGAAGAACGGGACGUGCUGGUGAACGGGGACAGUCAGUGGAUCACAACGUUACACUAUGCUUUCCAGGACGAGAACAACUUGUACCUGGUGAUGGACUACUAUGUAGGGGGAGAUCUGUUGACUCUGCUCAGUAAAUUUGAAGAUCGUUUGCCUGAAGACAUGGCCAAGUUCUAUCUGGCCGAAAUGGUCUUGGCUAUUGACUCCGUGCAUCAGCUACAUUAUGUUCACAGGGAUAUUAAGCCAGACAAUAUCCUGAUGGACAUGAAUGGUCACAUCCGACUGGCUGACUUUGGCUCAUGCCUCAAGCUCAUGGAAGAUGGGACAGUCCAGUCCUCUGUGGCAGUUGGGACCCCGGACUACAUCUCUCCAGAGAUCUUGCAGGCUAUGGAGGACGGGAAGGGGAAGUACGGGCCGGAGUGUGACUGGUGGUCUCUGGGUGUGUGCAUGUACGAGAUGCUGUAUGGAGAGACACCCUUUUAUGCUGAAUCCCUGGUGGAGACUUAUGGAAAGAUCAUGAAUCAUAAGUCAUCUCAACCUAACAAUGAGGAGCGCUUUCAGUUCCCACUUCAGGUGACAGAUGUGUCUGAGGAGGCUAAAGAUCUCAUACGGCGGCUGAUCUGCAGCAGAGAACACCGGUUAGGCCAGAAUGGGAUCGAUGACUUCAAACAGCACCCCUUUUUCACAGGCAUCGACUGGGACAACAUCCGCACAUGUGAAGCCCCCUACAUCCCCGAAGUCAGCAGCCCCACUGACACUUCCAACUUUGACGUGGAUGAUGAUUGCUUCAAAAACUGUGAGACGUUGCCCCCACCUUCACACACACCAUUUUCUGGACACCACCUCCCAUUCAUAGGCUUCACCUACACAAGCAAAUGCACACUAUCAGAUCGAGGGUGUCUGCGGGAGUCCAUUGGACCGCCACAGGUAGAUGCUGAUCUUCAGCGAAGCCUGGAGGAGAGCCUGGCCUCAGAGGCCUAUGAGAGGAGGAUCCGACGUCUAGAGCAGGAGAAGACCGAACUUGCGCGUAAACUACAGGAGUCCACGCAAACAGUGCAGGCACUGCAGUACCCUGAUUCGGACGCCCCAGUGAAUGCCAAUAAAGAGGUAGAGAUCCGGAGUUUAAAGAGUGAGAUCGACAUCCUGAAGAAACAGAUAGCAGACUCUGGUCAAGUGGAACAGCAGUUGGAGGAGGCCAGCACGGUUCGAAGAGACCUGGAAGACUCUUCUAAGGUCAUCAGGAGCUUAGAGAAACAGCUGAAGAGUGUCACGCAAGAGAAAGAUGAUCUGCAGAAGGAGCUGCUGGAGUUGGCAGAGAAAGUGAAGGCUCAGGGGAAGGAGCUAAAGGAGGCUCACAGUCAAAAGAAGGUGGCCAUAGAGGAGUUCUCUGAGCUGAACGAGCAGCUGAGCGAUCUGCGCUCACAAAAGCAGCGGUUGAGCCGACAGUUCAGAGACAAAGAGGAGGAGAUGGAAGGAAUUUCGCAGAAACUAGAGGCUCUACGGCUAGAGAUUCGCAAAGCUGAGAGAAUGCGCAAAGAGUUGGAGGCCCAGGCCGAGGAGCAAGCAGCAGAAGCUCUGAAAGAGAGGAAGAUACGAGAGAGAACCGAACAGUACAGCAGACAGUUGGAGGAGGAACUGGAAGGGAUGAAGCAGUUGAAACAAACCGGGCCACCUCACGCAGCGGCAAGCUCAGACCAACAGCAGGAGCUGAUGCGCAUACGGGCAGAGCUGGAGAAGAAGAACGUGCAGUAUGAGGAGGAGUUGUGUCGCAGAGAGACACUCCACAGCAGCGAGCUGAAGGGCCUGAAGAAGGAGCUACGCGAUGCUGAGGGUCAACACCUCACAUUUCAGAAAGAGAUUCUCAUGCUCAAAGACAAACUGGAGAAAACCCGCAGAGAAAGCCAAACUGAGCGAGAGGAGUUUGAGACGGAGUACAAGCAGAAGUACGAGAGGGAGAGAGCGCAUCUGACAGACGAAAACAAGAAGCUCGCAAGUGAAGUGGAGAAACUGAGCUCUAUAUAUGAGCAGCUCAGUAAUAGUCACAGGCAGCUGGAGGAGGAGUUGAGAGAGUUGGCUGAUAAGAAGGAGAGUGUUGCCCAUUGGGAGGCCCAGAUCACUGAGAUCAUCCAGUGGGUGAGCGAUGAGAAAGAUGCUCGUGGUUACCUCCAAGCUCUAGCCACAAAAAUGACAGAGGAGCUUGAAGGGCUCAGGAACACCAGCUUGGGAGCCAGAGGAACGGACAUGCCGUGGAAGAUGAGGCGCUUUGCUAAGCUGGACAUGUCUGCACGUCUGGAGCUGCAGUCUGCGCUGGAUGCUGAGAUCAGAGCCAAACAGUCCAUCCAGGACGAGCUUAACAAAGUCAAAGCAUUUAACAUUGCCACAGAAUGCAAAUUGCAAGAUUCCGAAAGUAGAAACCAGGAGCUGCUUUCAGAAAUUGAGAGGCUGAGGAAGGAGACAGAGGAGCUGAGACUGAGGAGAGGAGUGAAGCAUCAGGAUUCCCAGAAUUCUUUCUUGGCAUUUCUCAAUGCGCCCACUUCUGCUCUGGAUCAGUUUGAUGACUCAUUUUCUUCCUCUUCGUCUUCUUUAGUUGAAUUUUGGGAAGAUCGAUCACCCUCUUUUGGUCCUGGAAGCAAAACCAGACGUCUUGACUCGGCCGAUUUCACUCCCUCCAACACUCCGUCACGAGAUGAAGACUCAAGAUCUCGGCGUAUAUCACGCUCACGCUCCCCAUCCACCGCCAGUGACAUGGAGCCUAUUGAGUUGAUUGACCAAACGUCACGUAGUCUUCAGGCUCCAACAGGAAGAUCAGGCUAUGGGAGCUUGGGGCACUCAUCACCUAAGCCAAAGGCGCACCAGUUUAGUGUGAAGACCUUCACUGUUCCCACCAAAUGUGCCCAGUGUACCUCUCUAAUGGUGGGACUCAUCCGUCAGGGCUGCACUUGUGAAGUCUGCAACUUCUCCUGUCACGUCACCUGUGCUGAUAAAGCACCCUCUGUGUGCCCCGUCGCACCAGACCAAACCACGGGCAAACUGGGAAUUGACACUCAGAGGGGCAUUGGGACUGCAUAUGAGGGCCAUCUUAGGAUACCAAAGCCCACAGGAGUGAAAAGGGGUUGGCAGAGGGUCUGGGCAGUGGUAUGUGACUUCAAACUUUUCCUGUAUGAGCUUGGAGAAGGGAAAGGCGCCCAGCCUGGUGUUACAGUUAACCAGGUCAUUGACAUGAGGGAUGAAGAGUUUUCCGCCAGCUCUGUUCUGGAGUCUGAUGUCAUCCAUGCUAACAAGAAGGAUAUCCCCUGUAUUUUUAGGGUAACAGCAUCUCAGCUGUCCGCCUCCUCCAGUCAGAAGACAUGCAUCCUGAUCCUUGCCGACAAUGAGCAAGAGAGGACAAAGUGGGUGUGUGCUCUGAAUGAACUGCACCGCAUCCUGAGGAAAAACAAGCUGAAGGAGCGCUUCGUGUAUGUGCCUAAAGAAGCGUAUGACAGCACCCUUCCUCUCAUCAAAACCACCCAGACUGCUGCUAUUAUAGACCAUGAACGGUUUGCUUUGGGGAAUGAGGAAGGCCUGUUUGUAAUCCACGUCACCAAAGACGAAAUUGUUCGCGUGGGUGACAUUAAGAAAGUGCAUCAUGUAGAACUGAUGCCCACAGAGCACCUAAUGGCAGUCAUCUCGGGCAGGAACCGACAAGUGUGUCUGCUCCCCAUGGCGGGGCUCGAUGGGAGGGAGAUUGACAAGAAUAAGGUGGCAGAUACUAAAAACUGCCAGGCACUGGUGUCUGGUGUGGUGCGCAAUAGCACCUGCUUCUGCCUCGCCAGUAAAAGACAGAUCUCCUGCUAUGAAAUUAACAAGAGCAAGUCUCGCUACUGCCAUCUGGUGGACAUACAAGCUCCAGGAAUUGUCCAGUGGAUGGUGCUCUUCGGCCAGCAGUUAUGUGUAGGCUACCAAGCGGGCUUCAUGCGCUACAGUUUGCAUGGAGAUGCCCCUCCGGUCAACUUACUUCACCCAGAUGACCCCACGUUGGCGUUUAUUAGGGCAGACAACUUGGAUGCCCUUUGUGCAGUGGAAAUCUCCCAUAAAGAACGGCUGCUCUGCUUCAGCAAAACUGCAGUGUAUGUGGACACACAUGGCAGACGCGCGCGCCAGCAGGAGCUGAUGUGGCCCGCGACGCCCACCGCCUGCUGCUACAACGCCCCCUACCUGUCAGUCUACAGUGAAAAUGCAGUGGAUGUGUUUGAUGUGAACACUAUGGAAUGGAUUCAGACCAUUCCUCUCAAAAAGGUCCGGCCGUUGAACAUGGAUGGCUCUUUGAAUCUCCUGGGCCUAGAGACGGUCAGACUCAUCUACUUCAGAAACAAGACUGCAGAGGGGGACGAACUGGUGGUGCCUGAGGUGUGUGAUAACAGCAGGAAGCAGAUGGUACGCAGCAUGGGCAGCAAGAGACGAUUCUCAUUCCGUAUUCCUGAGGAGGAGAGACUGCAGCAGAGGAGAGACAUGUUGAAAGAUCCAGAGAAAAGGAACAAGUUGAUC